CAUACAUAAGUUCAGGGUGUAUGUUGUUUAAAAAGAAUGGAUUUUAUUCAAAUUAAAUUAUAUCGGGACAUGAAUUACAGUUACCAUUUUAAAUACAAAUGAUAAUCAAGCAAAAAAUUAUUAAAUUACCUUUGUAACUUAUUUUUUAGUUUCCUAUUAUCCCUUUCUGUGGACUGUUCGCAAAGGCAGUUGCUACAUUUCGAUAUCAUUUAUUGUUGUUUGGUGAGAGUUAUCGUAUAAUAAAAUGCAAAUAUAUCUUUAGUAUAUAUGUCAAAUAUUUAAAAAUAUGCAUAUAAUUAUUAUAAAUAGAUUAAUUUAUAAUAAAAUUUUAAAUAAACAUUUAGUUACACGCAACCGCAUCACUUCUGUGGACUUAAAAUUUCGCCAAAAAAAUCAAUAUCUACUAAAAGUACUACUCACCACAUUUUUUUUAUACUGGCCACAUUAUAAAGCUAGCACUGGCCAUUUUGGAUACAGCUACUGAGCGUUGGCGAUCGUUCGGAAUAUUUUUUAUAAAUUCAGUGGUGAUUUCGUAAAAGAUCGGUAGAACUUUUCUGUUCCUGAUAUAUUUCGCUACAUGAUGCCACGUUCAAGUAGAUCUAGGUUACAACUGAGUGAAGAACAAAAGAAAAAACGUAGGCGUGAGCAAAAAAAACUAAGUAUGCGCAGAGCUAGAUCAAAGUUAGAUUCUGUUGCUCUUGAAGAAAGACGCAAAAAGGACCGAGAAAGGUAUCAUCGUAAAAAAGAAGAGGGGCUGAUUAAGACCAUUAAAGACUUGAAACCCCGAGACCAGCGACAAUUACGGAAAAUGUGGCGAGAGAAAGCAAAACUUAGACGUGAGAAAGAGAAAAUAAAAAGAACGACUGAGCAAAUGUUACACGAAAAUACACCCCCUUCAAGUCCACAACCAUCAUCUUCACCACAACAAUCAUCUUUUUCACGAAUUCGGUCAGGAAAAGCAGUAGGUGCACGGAAUAAACGAAGAUUGAAGGCUAAAAAUGAAUAUUUAAUAAAUAGAUUAAUUGUUUUAGAACGAAAGCUAGCUAAAUACAGAAUGCGUCUACACAGAAUUAAAAAAGGACAGAAACGAGGUAACACUGUACUAGUCAAACGAAAAAUACAUGACUUUUUUAUUGACGAUGAGCAUAGCAGACUCACAGCAGGCAAAAAAGAGACUAUCACACGACGUAAAGUAAAAAAGCAAAUACGUCUGUUGAAUGACACAAUUCUCAAUCUACACAAGAUAUUUAACAAUAAGACGGGUUUAAACAUAUCAUAUGAGACAUUUCGUAGACAUCGUCCUUUUUGGGUGAUAUUUCCUAAAACAACUUCUAGAAAUACCUGUUUGUGUCGUCAACAUGCCAAUAACGAUUACAUUGCUAGCGCUCUACAUCAAGCUAAGAUAAUAUCAUUUUCUAACGCCACUGAUGUUGCCAGGUCGCUUUGCUGUGAUAACAUUCUGAGGGUUUCUUGUCUUGAACGAACAUGUACCCUAUGUUUUGAAAAAACUUUGGACUAUACGGUCAUCAAUGGGAAUGACACGAUUCUUUACCAAAGAUGGGUCACUAAGAAAGUGCCCCAAAUAAUUAAAGGCAAUGAAAAAUUAUGUCAAAAAACACUCAAAGAAUGCGUCAGAACUUCUCAUCAAUUACUUGUUAAUAAAUUUAAUAUAAGUUUGUCGACAUUUAUGCAACAUCUUGCAAAUAUAAUGAACCAAUACAAGGCUAUUCGAUAUAUUAAACAAAACUUAUCGCCAUCACAAAGUUUACUGCAUAUUGAUUUUUCAGAAAAUUAUUCCUGCAAAUAUGGAUCAGAAGUUCAGUCAGCCCACUUUGGUGGAUCCAAAUCACAACUCUCGUUACACACUUGCGUUUAUUAUUCUGUUGAUUCUCAGCCACCAACAAACCUUAUAAAAACAACAUCCAUUUGCACUGUCUCGGAGAACUUACGACACGAUCCUGUACUCAUUUGCGCCCACUUGAAACCCGUAAUUGAAAAAAUUAAAUUGAUUACACCAGAUUUGACAGAGCUGCAUAUAUUAAGUGAUGGACCCGCUACUCAAUAUCGUAAUAAAACAAUGUUCCAUAUGUUAGCAAACUAUGUGAGCAAAAUUUCAAAUGUAGAAACUAUUGUGUGGCAUUUCAGUGAGGCUGGACAUGGCAAAGGUGCUCCUGAUGGCGUGGCUGUGUAAAACGCACAUGUGACAAGGCUGUUGCAAAUGGCCAAGACAUAUCAGGUAUUGACAGUUUUGUUGAUUGCGUAAAAGUCACCUGUAAAGGCAUUGACAUUAUUCGUAUUAAUAAUGAUGUAUCUGAUAUACAAAAAAUUGCCGAUGCUAACAAAGUACGCCCCUUCAAAGGGACCUUAAAAAUUCACCAGAUCACAUGGAGCUCAAAAUCUCCUAACAUUAUUCACUGCAGGCGACUAAGUUGCUUAUUGUGUGCACCUCACAUUAGGUGUACACAUUUUGAAAUUGGGCAAAUUCAGAUUGAAUAUAUUUCACGAGAUACAAAAGAAUCUUCGCCUACGAUAUCAUCAUCUAUUUUAUCAAGGACGGGUACCCCCAGACCAGUAUCUUCUAUUGAUACUGCAUCAGCGUCAACCGUCACUGGACCAAGAACACCAUCUCCGCUCGAAUCGUUUUUAAACACACCGUCUCCUGAAUUAACAACGAGAAUAGUCCGUCAACCACUAACCCCACGGAAGCAAAAUAUAGUAUAUACUGACUCAGAUGACUCAGCAACCCCCAAAAAAUCCAGAUUCCAUACAUUCUUUGAUACCAGCGACACGGAGGACUCAAUUCCAUUCCCAAAAAAAGUUAAGUGUCAGUCGCUUUUUGAUUAUAGCGAUGAAGAAAAAUUUUAAAGUGUUUUUUAUUUUAAUAUUAAUAAACUACUGUUUAGACAUAAGUAUAUUUUUUCAAUUUUGAUUCUUUUCUGUACGAGUCUGUCCCUUCUGUGGUCAAGAAAAAAAUUAAAAACCCUCUAUUUCAGCAAAACCUGAAAAACGAUCUCGUUUUAUAUUAUAAUUUAGAUACUAUGAUUAAUAACUAAUAAAUGAAACUGAUUUUGUAAAAAUA